ACGAAACGCAAAUGGUAGAAAGAAAGGAGAAAACGACCACGGGCAACAGCUUAAUGUUCAAUCUUUAAUUUUAAUACAAUUGUGUUUUACAAUUAUUGUCAGUUAAUUUCUUCAGUUCAACAGAUAUUACUUAUAGAUAUUGUUUCGUUGUACUCGUUGAUUUAUAAUGGAAACGGAAUCUCUGGAGCUUGAAGACGGAGAAGUCGUCGACGACGAGCCUAUUGAUGCUUUUGAAACAUACAAUGUCUUACAACGACCUCACAGCCAUGUUCCUCCCACUGCUGAUCAAUCCAAUAAACUAAGAUACAGUGAUGAAUCUGAUGCCUCUGAUGCCUCUGAUGCCUCUGAAAGUGAUUCAGAUUCAGAUGCUGGUCACAGUAGAGUCAAAAGACCCAAAAUCAAAAUAAAACGAUGUAAAGCAGCAAUUCAACAGUUUAGACCUAACAACGAUAAAUACAAGGUAUGGUGUACACAAGUGCAAGAAGAAUCAUUAACAGAAGAUUUAGUCUCCUGUGGUGUAACAAGGAACAUAUAUCAUGACCGCAGUGUGGAAAGCUAUGAUUAUACUCUUGGAUACUCUCGUGGUAGCAAAAAAAAUCAAGACAACAAUACUUCUGAUGAAGAACAAGAAAUCGAAACAAGACUGACAAAUAAACGGACAUUUAGUGAUAGGCGAAAUAUUAAAUUGAGAUUGAGUAAGAGAAGACAAAGCCACGAAGAUGAAGAAGAUCCUAAAGGCUCUGCUAGAAUACUACCGGAGUUGACUGCAACGACUGCGUCAACUGAUGAUGAAGUUGCUGCUGAUAUUGCUAAUAAGCUAUCUGAGAAAAAAGAUGUUCUUAUCAGAAGGGUAGUUGAAAUUUUGGGAAAAGAAGAGGCUAUUGAUUUUUUCCAAAAAACAAAAAAAAUCGAGGAAGAAGGUGGAAUGCUUAUUAUGAAUGGUUCUAGAAGAAGAACACCUGGAGGAAUUUACCUUUUUCUUGUUAAAAAUGACGAUCACAUUCCACAACCGAAAAUUAGAGAAAUAUUUUACCAAGAUAAAAAGGAGACAACAGAAAGGAAGAAGAUGAUAGAGUCAACGCACAGGAAACAGAAAACGCAAGAGCUCAUGAAACUUUUAGAAAAUGGUUCAGACAAAGACUUACCAGCGCUACUGACUCGGGCAGAACUUUCAACACGGCAAAUAGCGGAAGAAGCACGCUUGAGAAGAGGAGAAGGAAUGGAUAGGAUUCAAGUUGAUUCAGACCUUACAGUUUCCAAUCCUCCACCAAGUCCAGUAACAGAUGAUCCUGAUCACUCUGAACAACCCAACCCAGCUUGUUCAAGGCAUGUUCAAGAUUACGGCGACGAUUUUCUUGAUAUUGGAGUUGAAGUAGAUAUGGAAGUUUUUUAAUUGAUGUAAUAUCCAAAUUAUGUUGUACCUUUUUCUUUCUUUUAAUGUACUGUGACUACCAAGUUAGUUCAUUGCUAUUAAUUAAUUACUAUUCUCUUGAAAAUAUUAUUUUUCCAAAAUAUUAGUUUUGUUUUUUCCAUACAUUUAUUAAGUAUGCAACUAAUAGUUUAAUAUACAAUUGUAAAUACAUGCGUGUCUAUCGUCUAUACUUACUUCGUGUACAGACCUUUGCAAGUAUUUAAUUAUAAUUUUAUAUAAAAACGAAAGUUUGAUUAAUUAGAUAAAUUUAAAAAGUAAACAAAAUAUCAAUUACGAAGUUUAACCGUCUAUUGGAAACUGAACUAAAUCAAUGUACAUUAUUACUAUAUUAAGAAUGAUUU